AUGGGGCUUGGAACGCGCUGUAUGAUCUUCGCAGCGGUGCUGCUCGUCGCGGUGUCGGCAACGGCGCAGGCCCAGUGCCCAAAGAUGCCGUCAGACACUUUGGGUCCAUGCACAAAAGAAAUUCACAGCGGGGAAGACAAUACAAUGCACCAAAAAACAGAAGAUCGAAUGAUGUUUCAUAAUGUUUAAAUUAAGACUUCAAAUAACUUUGGAUAUGUACUAACAUUUCUGUAUAUGUAAAUAUGCGCAUAUGAAAGAUUUCGUAUGUAUCAUAUUUUAUAUAAAUGCAUAAUAAAGUAACUAAAUCUUGAAAA